AUGUCGGCGAGCGAGACCGCCAUCUUGGGUCCGCCGCGGCUGCGCCUAGCAAUGGGACGACAACCGCCCCCUUCUCCGCAGGAGAACAGAGCGCAGCCGAGCCAGCUCGCAACAGAGGAAACCGGUUUUGGAUGGAGGGGACUCAAUAUGACGACGCGUUCUUGGAAGGAGAAACCAUGUGACACGCGAUCGGCCCAAUCGGGGACCUCGAAGAGCGGCUCCGGCGCGGAAAAGGAAUGCGAUACUCUGUACCCCUAUUUAGUGACUCUAGCGCAACAUAACGCGAGUCCAAAGGCUUACACAGGAAACGAGAAGGCAUGUGAAACUGCAAAGCGCAACUUUUGUGGAAAUGCUCUUUCCUACCGUGGAGGAGCAACGGCAAAUUUGUGGCGGCAUGUCCGAGUCAAGCACCCUGGCGCAUCUCUCCUGCGCUCGAACCCGGUCCUGGGGGCAUCGCAACAACAAGGUAACGAUGAGGUUGUUGACGACCCAGUGGAACCCUCACACCCUUCUCCGGAUGAAUCCGGUGCCCGACCUUCGGUUCUUUCGGGACUGUCAUCUUUAUCCUUGUCCACUUCAGGACAGUCCGCUCCUCCACGUCCCCUACCUAUUGCCCGAGGACACCGAUGGGAAACCCAGCAGCAAGCUACCAUUUCUCACUGCAUGAACAGAGCGCUGACACUCAGUAAGACGGCAAAGCUAGACGAACAGCUGGUCAAACUUAUUGUCGAGGAGUAUCACCCAUUCUCCCUUGUCGAGGGUGAGCACUUUAAGCAGUUUGUCUACGCGCUAAAUCCAAAUUACCGGCUACCAACGAGGAAACCGCUGUCGUCGACCCUCCUUCCACAACUGCACGCAAAGGUGGCGGAGCAGGUAAGAAUGCAUUUACGAAGCGCAACGGCAGUCUGCUUAACGACAGAUGGUUGGACGUCAAUGACAAACGAAAGUUACAUUGGACUGACUGCACACUUCAUCGAUGAAAACUGUGAGGUGAAGUCAUACCUUCUGGACUGUUUCUCUUAUAAUGAGCGCCACACCGCUGAAAAUAUCGCAAGUGAACUACAGAAAGUGGUGACAGAGUGGGACAUCCAGAACAAGAUUUGCGCUGCAGUAAGCGAUAGUGCGGCCAAUGUCACUGCUGCAAUUCGUGCGUGUGGUUGGCGUCACAAUCCGUGCUUCGCACACGUGCUAAACUUGGUCGUGCAAGCCGGCGUACGGGAAAUAAGUAGCGUACAAGCAGAAGUGAAGGCUAUAGUUCGCUCUUUUAAGCACAGCUCGCAUGGAUUAGCAAGGCUACAAGCAAUGCAGCAACAAAUGGGAAUGACGGUGCUUAAGUUGAAACAAGAUGUUCCCACCCGUUGGAAUUCGACGUACGAAAUGUUUUCAAUGAUAGUGCAUUUGAAGGAUGCAGUGCUAUCCACUCUGGCCAUCUUAGACGCGGGUGUUGAACAGCUGUCUCAAACGGAAUGGACAGUCAUAGAGAAAUCAUGCGACAUCCUGAAGCCAUUCUUGGCGGUGACUACCGAGAUGAGCAGUGAAAAAAGUGUGACGGUGUCAAAAAGAAUACUGCUUGCCCGAGCACUCAUUACCCACGUGGAUAAUGCCAAGGAAGACCCCGGCCUGCCGGAAGACUGCAAAAAAAUGGUGAAAAUGCUUUCGGAGCAACUGGCAAAGCGAUUCGGAGAUGUAGAGACGGUGGACGCAUUGCAAAUGGCGGCAGGAGAGGAUCGGCUGCAUCGGUGA